AUGCUCAAUCCAGAUGGAGUUAUUGGGGGUAUGAGCCGCUGCGGACUGCACGGAACGGAUCUGAAUAGGGUGUGGGAGGCCCCCUGUCCGGUGCUGCAUCCCUCUAUUUUUUUUUUAAAGCAAAUUCUUGCGGAAUUAAGGAGAACAGCAACCCCACCACUUCUCUUCCUCGAUCUUCACGCACAUUCCAGCAAAAAAGACGUAUUUAUCUAUGCAAACAGCGCGGAUCAGCAAUUGAAUCCAGAGGGGUUCUCUGCGGGGGAUGGCGGUUUAGCAUGCAUCACAAAGAUACAAAAAUGCAAGGAGGGAACGGGCCGCGUUGUAGGAUUCAGAGAAUUGGGAAUUGCCUGCUCCUACACUCUCGAAGCCUCUGUUUUUGGCCACGCACAAGCAAGCCCCAAGCAAUGGGCAGCUGCCCUCAGCCGCAGCCCCGAAACUCGUUGCGCUCCUCAGCACAUAGAAGAAGGUAACCAUCGAUGUUUGCAGAAGCCUCGCUAUUCACAGGCCGACAGUGGAACUACGCGCACCCCAAAGGAACAGCUCCCUGGGUGCCCCCCAGCGGGGACUAGCCGAGAAGCUCCUCCCGACGCCGCUCCAGCAGGGCGCCUCGUAGAAGGAGCCUCACCACUGAUGCACUUUGAAGCUGGUUCUCUCUUGCUUACAGGGCUGACCGUGGGCCUGGCACUUUAUGACUGGUCUCUUCAGCUAGCAAAGGGUGCCCCCGAACUGUUACAGCCAGGGCGAGCAGCCCCUGCUGGAGAGAAAGGGUGCCCAUCGCGGGGUUUGCUCCCUGCGUGCCCGCGCUGUGCGCUAGUACGAAAUAGGGGCUCUUGCAAAGCUGCUUCCCCCGGCAACGGCUGCAGAGGCCUAGGGGGGAUCAGACAUCGGGGGCCUUCUAGUAGGAGACACGUCUCAGCUGCAUUACGUAGAUGUGAGGUGUGGGAGUCUUCACGGGAUGCAUUACUGGUAGGGGUCCCCUACCACUCUUACGAAAAUUCAGUGAGAAGCUUUAUCGGACCUUCCUCUGAAUGUGGAUCAUUUGUUGAGGGAGACCUCUGUGAAGGGGAAGCAGCCACUAAAGGGUUGCGACCACUGCCAACAGCAGGAGAAGCAGCGAGAAAAGCGAUGAGCGCGGUUAGAAGAUCCCUUAAGGUUUUUGCUGCAAAGGCAUCUCCUGCGGAAGAUAUACCCCAUGAUAUCCUCUCUGGAUGGCCUCGACAAAAGCUUCCUCCCAGGCUUACAAAUGGAAUGGUUAGGCUGGACACUGAUGAAUUUUUAAACACUCACGGCGAGCCUUUACAAAUAUUCUCAAAGGGAGAAGAAGUAGCACCGCACAGAACCAGAGCAGCGGAACAACGGCCAUGUACCUCACCCUAUGAAGAAAGCGCAUCAUCAGCAGUAACAGGCAGCGCUCGCAAUGGCAACAACAGGGACACCUUUUCCAGUGACGGCCUUAAAACCUCAACAGGCCUUGGAGCGCCAAAGGGACCCACUCAAUUUGUGCGGAAGGGGGCUCUGGGAUUCCGUGGGUAUAGCAAAGCCUCAGCAGCUAGGCUGCGGCUACGUCUGCGGCAAAAAGAAGAUCCAUGGAUUUGUAAAAGUACUUUAUACAACACUUCAGACGAAUCCGUUCAAGCGGCCUUCAGCAGUUGCCCUAAGAAAUGCUGUGAAAUUGGACACAUUGAUCCUAAACUUGUCGCAAUUCCGCUCCACAGGACCUCGGUCGAAGCCCACCACCCGUCCUCUUCUCCAAAUAAUAUGAACGACCUUCAAAUGUCGCACGUGGUAACAGGCCAGCUGGACAUUGCCUGCUCCAUGCCAAGGUCUUCAAUGCAGCGCCGGCAGCAUCGAAGCAUGCAGGCAGAGAAAAAAACACGCCCUAAGGGUCACCGGAAGCGCUGGGGCACCCAUAUUAGAGCAGCGGAAACCCACUUGAAUGGCACUCAUCCGGGGGAAAGCCUCCUCCAAGGGCGCUCAAAAUGCGGAAUUCCCACAGCAAGCAGCACGGGAUCAACAGGCGGAUUGGGAGUUUCCCAGGCUUCAGAAUCCCCUCUAAGGGCUUCUUCUACUGGUAAGGCACCGGGGACGUCUGCUCGUUGCAAUGGCGGGGGACCUCGCUGCUUCUCCAGUAAGCUCGAGGAAAGCGCUGAAAUGACAAACUCCUCAGCACCUAAGGAGAGCCUGUUGGGUUCGUGCUCCGCACCUUCAUAUUUUUCCCUAGGGUCCCCGUACGAGCGCCAAAGGCCUGAAGGGAUCAUUAACCAAGGGUGCAGCAAGCGGAUCCUUCGAAGAGCCACCAGCAACUUAGGCACCUCUGUACUUCCCGCUUCUGCUGCCUUCCCAUCCAAUUGCAACAGGUCUUUUGUUGCCGCUUCGAGGGCACAACUUAACGCUUGGGGCCCAUGGGAGGAAGAAGGCCCCAGGAGAGGCUUUGUUGGUUUGGAGAGUGCCUUGUCCGCUAACAGCCUUAGUAUUACGCGGGUCACUCCAGCUGCAAGACCACGGAGGCCCAAUAGGUGGGCUGAAUUUCCCCCAGGCGUCUCCUGUCAGGGGGAAUCCGCCGCUUUGGGGACUCCCUAG